CCAGGGUGGCUCCUGGCAGGGCUCUGGGGACAGUCUUCCCUGCCCACACUAGUCUGCUCCCCCCCUCCUCCCCAUUACAGGGAUGGGCACAAGGCACCUGCCGGGCUCUCAAGCCCCUGUUUCAGCCCGGCCACAGGGCCCGUGACAUCCGGGACCCCCGCGGUUCUGCUACCUGAGCGCCUCCUUGAGGCACCUCCCUGCUGGUGUGUUCUUGGUCCCUGUGCACUUUCCGUUCGCUCCAGGACACUCUGGCUGUGAUGCUCUGCUCUGUCACCGGUUUCCACAUCCCAAAACCUAACGCGUUCUGAUGGACACAGAUAAAGCAGUUUGAGAAGACAGCCUUAAACUUCACACUGACAGCAAUGCGGAAAGUGUUCAGAUCAGAAGACUCUACCUCUGCCAUUGAUGCAUCACUAGGCAGUGAGUUACUGGAGGGCCAAAAUCCGGAGAAGAAACUCAACACAAGCUGCCGGAAGGAAAGAACAUGAAUCCGCAACUAAACAGAAGCCGGAGCUGCUCCUUCAGUGAUGUGGACGAGCUGAUGAAAACCGUGCAGCUGGCCGUCCAUGUCCCCACCUUCCUCCUGGGCCUCCUCCUCAACCUGCUGGCCAUCCGGGGCUUCAGCACCUUCCUGAAGAAGAGGCGGCCCGAUUAUGCUGCCACCUCCAUCUACAUGAUCAACCUGGCAGUCUUCGAUCUGCUGCUGGUGCUGUCCCUUCCUUUCAAGGUGGCUCUGUCCCACAUACGGGCGCCCCAUCCCUCCGUCUGUACCUUCGUGGAGUGCCUGUACUUCAUUAGCAUGUAUGGGAGUGUCUUCAGUAUCUGCUUAAUCAGUCUGGACAGAUUCUUGGCCAUCCAGUACCCGUUCCUGGUCAGACACCUCCGGUCCCCCAGGAAGACCCUGGGGAUCUGUUGCACCAUCUGGGUCGUCGUGUUGGUUGGGAGCGUCCCCAUCUACAGCUUCCACGGGAAGGUGGAAAAGUACACAUGCUUCCACAACAUGUCUGAUGGCACCUGGAGUGCCAAGGUCUUCUUCCCCCUUGAGGUGUUCGGCUUCCUUCUUCCCAUGGGUGUCAUGGGUUUCUGUUCCUCCAGGAGCAUUCACGUCCUGGUCAGCCGUCGGAAACUCACCCAGGACUGGGUCCAGCAGAAGGCCUGCAUCUGGACAAUUGCAGCCAGCCUGGCUGUCUUCAUGGUCUCCUUUCUUCCGGUCCACUUGGGAUUCUUCUUGCAGUUCCUGGUCCGGAAUGGCUUUAUUGUGGCGUGCAGUGCCAAGCAGAACAUCAGCUUGUUCUUGCAACUGUCCAUGUGUUUCUCCAACAUCAACUGCUGCCUAGAUGUCUUCUGCUACUAUUUUGUCAUUAAAGAAUUCCGCAUGGGCAUCAUGGCCCACCGGCCUUCCGGGGACCAGCUUGUCCCCCAAGAUACCAUGACCAGCAGGAUGUAAGGAAGGAAAGACCUAUGCAGAAGAAGGAAGCCCUAGCCCCCAAUUCUAGUAGCACAUAUCUCAUUCCGACAUUUCUGAUAAGGUGGAUGGACGUGGCACCUCUGCUUGUUUGCUUUUCCUUUUGAUGCUCACUGACGCUGUCAUUACUCAUUAUGCUCCAGAGAGCUUUCCCCAGCAUGCAGGCAACUGGACACAUCACCCAACAUUUGGGAACCUCUGAAGGACCCAUGAACCAGGCGAAUUCUGUAUUUCUAAACUCAGAAAGCAGGAGGCAGAAGAAUUGAGAAAGAGAAGGAGACCAUCUGAGGAAGGCUUUUCCCCAACUCUCCCCCAGACUAGAAGAUUCUGGAAAGGAAGAGAGAGGAGUUAGGAGAGAGACCCUGGAGGGUUGGCCAUGGUGGAAGAUGCUCUGGGAAGAGAUGGAGCAGUGGGGAUGUAGCAAGCUUCUUUUUAGUUUGGGGAUCCUGGGGUAGAGCAGAUGUGCGCUUCCCAGUCCCUUCUGGGGCUCUGUUGGCCAAUAACCUCACAGAGAUGAUAGUAAGUGGGAGUGAGAAAGGCAGAGAAAGAACAUACAGAGAGCCCCAAGUUUCCUCUGGGCAAGAAAUGCCAGAGCAGCCAGCCAAAGCUUCCUGUGCCCACGCCAAAGCUGCAGAAGAAUGAGGGGAGCUGGUGUGACGCAGGCCAUGGUGACACUAUGGACGCCUUGUGGAAGAAUUGGGGACAGAGUGGAAAGGCACUGGUGACAUUUGAGAGCCACGAGGAAUAGGAUACACCCGGGGAAGGAAGGUGAAGGGCCAAGCUUUGGAAGAGGACAGCACCCCCCCCCCGACCCCCCACCCCCACCCCUGCUUGCUAUCAUGGUGUCUGCUACAUGGAGCCUCAGCACUGGCCCAGCGGCAAGAGGGGCAGUGGAGACCAGCCUAGAAGAGGGGAAAUUCCUGAACGUGACCAGCUGGCUAUCUUGACUGAACAGGACCAGUCUAAUUGUUCAUUAGACCAUUUCGCCAAGAAGGACAAGAAAGAAUCAGGGUUGAUUUGGUUCAGCCAGAGGAGAAUGAGGACCAUAUAUUUGUCUGGCCCACAAUCCUGCCGGUGGCGCUGUCUACAGAACCCUACCUCUCCAGCAAUCUGCGGGGAGGAAACUGGCCCACCAGGGACUGGAGGAAUCAUCUCGAUGGCACGGAGCCCCCUCUUAGCUUCUGCGUGGAGACCAAACAACUGACUCCCUGUUUGGACCAGACUUUACAGGUGUUCCCUGAGGAGGACGAGGGUGGAGGCUCUGAGCCUCCCGAGGACUCAGCCGCUCCCGGGAGCACAGUGAUUAGAAGGAUGAGUCGUGGGGUGGUUUUGCAAGACGGAGUGAGUGGGACGAGAUGUAAGGGACGAGACCUCAUGUGAGAAAGGGGGAGGGCUUUAGGAAGAAAAGAACCACUUCCUACUUGGAGGGAAAGGGGGCUUCUACUACCAAGGGGUGGACAGAAGGUAGGUGGCUUGUGGUGGAAGAAGAGGGCGACUUAGAUCAUACCCUGCCUGGAGGCGGAGGUGGAGCCUGGGUGAUUGCCCGAAGCUGCUGGGAGCUAUGGGGCUCUGUGACGGGGUGGAGGUGGGGUGGACAGGGAGGAAGGAUGGAGGGCAGAGCUGCUUCCUGCCUGAGAAUUCCCAGCGCGGCUGAAACCAUCCAAGGACAGGAGCCCUUCUCCCUCCUGCUUCCUCAGGGCCAGCGCGGUGGUCCGGGGGAGCGCAGGGGGAGAACACAAGCUUUGGUGAAAGGGUAGAAAUAGUGUAAUACCCAAAAUUUCAAUAUCACCCCAAAAAACCAGAGACCACCAGGGAGACCGAGUCAUGCAUGGUAAAGCAAAGGGCAGUUUUA